AACUGUUAUGUGAAAGAGGUUCCAAUGAAGAAACUGAUCAGUGAAGAAUUAGCUAAAAGACCAAACACAGGACAGAAUGUGCCUAGCGUUGUGGCCCGUCUGAUGGGACUGGAUACAUUAUCAGUAGAUGAGGAGAGGUUGAGAGAGGUUUCCUCGAGACAAACAGUUUUCGAUUCCUUUGACAGAUGGAGUAGUAAUAGCCUGAAGUUCAACGAACUUAAACCCCGAGAACAUCCACAGGAAGAGGAACUACAAAAGUUUAAGAAAGAGUUUGAAGCAUACCAAGCAGCAAGGUCCAAGGAAUGCUCAAAGUUUGUUGAACUUAGCACCAACACGGUUCUUUACGCGAACUCAACGAGAAAGAUGGUUACUGAGAGAUCUAUAGAUCUUAAAGGACUUGGUGCAACAGAAAAUAUACACGAAAGAGGUAUUUCGAAGGUUCAGAAAGAUAAAAAUGACUUUCUUGCAGCUGCACGAAAUAAGACUAUUCGUGCAUUGAACGUUAAGUCGGGUUCUGCUCCUGCAAAGAUUGUAAUUUUGAGGCCUGUUUCCGACAGGACGGGGAAAAAUGAAGAAUCAUGGGCUAAUUCUCCUAGAAUAUCCGAAGACGGGAGUAGCAUGGAAGAAUUUCUUCAGGAGGUUAAGGAAAGACUAAAGUAUGAAUUGCAAGAGAAGAGUUACCGCAAAAUCAUUGAGAAGCCAUCAGAUGCAAAGAUAAUAGCUCAAUGUAUUGCAAAACAGGCGCGAGAGAGUGUUACUAGGGGUGUUGGAACGACUCACCACCGAUCAGAAUCAAUGCAGUCUUAUAGAAGUGAAAUCCAAUGCGACGAGGCUAGCUCACCUGAAUUCACUAAUAGAGAUACAAGAAGAAGUUUGACAGAAGGGUUGAGGAAUGUCCUGAGGGACGAAUCAUCUCAUGAUAUGGACAAACAUGGUCGUGUAAGCUCCAGAUCAGUAACACAGAAUAGGGAAAAGAGCAAAGCUGAAGAAAUCAGAUAUGCUUCGAAUUAUGAAGCGUGCCGCGGGGAUGAUAUGAAAGAUGAAUCAGGCAUGCAGUGCAGAUAUUCCAGGCAGGAACUAGGUAAUGAUGUUAUGCUAGACCAGAAACUAUUUCACAGGAACCUGGUUAGAUCUUUGUCAGCUCCCGUAUCACGAUCAUCAUUUGGAAAACUUCUCCUGGAGGAUCAAGAUAUGUUAACGGGGGCUCAUAUUAGGAGAAAACACGAAGCUAUCGAGGAGGUCACAGUGAACGUUAAGAAAUGGCGAAAAGAGAAAUUCAAUCUUAAGGAAAAAGUUUCCAGCUUUAAGUAUAGUUUUGUACUAAAAGGAAAGCUCUUUGGUAGAAAAAUUCAAUCUUUGGAGGAAUCACAUGGAAACAAACAAAUGCACAUGAAAGAUCUUCAGAGCACACAAACUGUUGCAUCCAAAUCUUAUGUGAGACAAGAGAAUUCUACUGAGGUGCCACCAAGCCCUGCAUCUGUAUGUAGCACAAGCAAUGAAGAAUUUUGGAGGCAAACAGGUUACUUCAGUCCAUCAUCAUCAUCAAUUUCAGAUGUAAAUCCACUGGAUGAUAGUGAGAUACCUCAUGUUUUCAAAGAGAUCAGCUCUAAUCUGAACGAGCUAAGGAGGCAAUUGAAUCAGCUAGAAACUUAUGACUCUGAGGAGACAAUGAUCGACGAGCAGCCUAUUGAAGAGGAGAUCGUAAUGGAGAUUGACGAUCCAGCUGAAGCAUUCGUUAGAGAUCUUCUUGUUGCUUCUGGUUUAUACGAUGGUUCAUGUGAUAAAUAUCUAUCGAAAUGGGAUCCUCUAGGAAAGUCCAUCAGCAACCAAGUCUUUGAAGAAGUCGAAGAGUCUUACAACAGGCAAAAGAUAAACGAUUACAAUGAAGGAUCAAGCACUGAUCAUCAAUUCAAGAAGUUGAAUCACAAGUUAUUGUGUGAUUUCUUGAAUGAAGUGCUUCCAAGUGUACUCGGAAGCACUUCUAUGAGAAGGACUAUUAGUCCUACUCCACGAGCUCCGCGGGGAAAUAAGUUAUUAGAAUGUGUAUGGGAAAUUGCUCGAAUUUCAUCAGAUAUGUCAUCUCAAUCCCUCGAAACCAUACUAACUCGAGACUUGCAAUGCACGCGUUGGGACGGAUUAGUUGAUGAAGAUGUUAAUGCUCUAGGAAAAGAUGUUGAAUACCAGAUUGUUUGUGAUCUUAUUCAUGAAAUGAUCAAUGAUAUGCAACCAUAA